AUGUUUGCAACUGUUCCUCUAUACGAUUCACCCAUUGUGAGGAUAUACAUCUUGUCGGAGAAUGAAGAGGUUGUUGCAGAUGAAAGAUUUGAUGUUGUUGAGGAAAUAAUGAGUGUUGGUGACUUCCAGUUGGCGCCAACAUUGGAAGAGUUCUCACAUAUAGCAAACAUUAGUAUCAAGGAUGAAAUCCCUUACACCGGUCUAGGGGAACUUCCUACACAUCAACAAAUAGGUUCAGCUAUACGUCUAGAUAAAGCGGAAGUGAAAGCUAAUCUUGGACCAAAAGGAGGCACUUCAGGUUUCACUUUGAAGUUCUUAGUGGGAAAAGCUUCAGAUUUCAAAAGUAAAGAAGAUUGGGUUGCUUUCAAUGCUGUGUUAGCCUUGAUACUCUAUGGGAUUGUCUUGUUCCCAAACAUUGAUGACUUCGUGGACAUGACUGCUAUACGCAUUUUCUUGCUAAAGAAUCCCAUUCCCACCUUGCUUGCAGAUGUUUAUCACUCUAUCCAUUGGAGAAAUGAGAAGAAGGGGGGGAUGAUCCAGUGUUGCGCUCCUUUACUGUAUAAAUGGUUCUUAUCUCACUUACCAAGCGAAGGGCCUUUUGUUCAGAACAAGGAUAACCUCAAGUGGUCUCAAAAAAUCAUGUCUCUCACUGCCAAUGACAUCACCUGGUACUCUCGUGUUUAUGAUGAUGUAGACAUAAUCGUCAAAUGUGGCAACUUCCAUAAUGUGCCACUCAUAGGAACUCGAGGUUGCAUCAAUUACAAUCCAGAGCUUGCUAUGCGGCAACUUGGGUUUCCUAUGAAUGACAAACCAGAAGACAAGUUGUUAGAAGGUUUCUUGCUGGGAGAAGGAGCGAAGGACUUUGAUCUGGUGAAGAGGAUAGGUCGUGCCUGGACUAAAGUUCGUAGAGAAGGAAAAAGGGAGCGUGGAAAGAAGAAUUGUAUAGCUAGAGGGCCAUAUACAAGUUGGGUCCAAGCCAGAGCUUCUCAAGACAAACUACCAUACCCUUAUGAGCCUCCAAUGCAUACAAAUCCUCCAGAACCUACUCACGUCACUAUGGAGGAAGCUAAAGAGCUCAAAGUUGUCAUCCAAACAAAUGUGGAAAGGACUGAUAAGGAGGAAUAUAAGAGAAAAAGAGUCAAACAGAGGUUAGAUCAGGCUGAGAGCUGCUUGAAUACCGUCAAAAGCCAACUGAAAGAGGCUGAGAGGGAUUGUCGUGAGAAAGAGAAAUGGUGGAAGCUCGCCACAAAACAAAAAAAGAAGAUAAGAGAGACGCUUGAGGCUGAGAUAGCCAACCUCAGUGUUUCACUCUUUGAAUCAAAAGAAAGGGAAGAACGAGAACGCCGCAGUAAAGAGAGUGCUAUGGCUGCUACUCAGGUUACACCUGAAAUGUGGAAUGGAAAGUGCCAGGAGGUUGAAAAUGCUAAUGAGUGGGAACGAUACUAG